CUUUUUUUUUUUUAAUUUAAAUUUUUUCUAUCUGAAAAGCCAACAAAAAACAUUAUGAGGCGAUAAGUACUACUUUAUUUUUUGAAUUAAUAAAAAUAGGUUUCUUAAAAUAAAACACUUAAACUGCCAAUAUGAGCAGCACAGUAAAGCACCAUUUCUUCUCAUUUUUUGUUUCUGAAACCGGUCUCUGUUUCCUCUCAAAACCCAGUUGUGAGUGAGUGAGAAGCACGACAGAGUAAUAGAGAUGUUCAGAGAGAGAAGACUAGUUUGUUUUGGGGAUAAGAUGUGGAAAUACUAGCAGUUUUUCAUUUGUUCUUCUUUGCACUUUCCAUUUUUCGCAGACUAAUAAAUAAAUGAAAAAAAUGGAUUCGUCGGAGGCCGCAAAGGUUAUCAUCGACAGAAUCUCGAGGCUCGAACCAGAACACAUAGCGAAAAAGAUAAUCGGCUACAUUUACUUUCAAGGCCUUUCGGACCAAGAAAUGAUCCGCUUGGCAUUAGGGCCCGACUUCUUACUCCACAGCUUGAUCCAAAAGGCCAAAACCGCUCGUCUAUUAGCUCCAGCACCUCCCGUUAUAUCUCCCCCAAUUUCCCCGACAAUAAAUUCCGACCCUCCUUUCCAGCACAGCCCAUUUCGGCCCGUUUCAGCCCAAUCAGGCCCAAUCCGAAGAAUGAACCCUCCUCACUGGGACCUGCAGCUGGGCCCGCCUUUCAAAAUGAUACCUUAUUCUGUGGGAACAGAGGACUCUCUUGUUGAGUCCGUGCAUUCGAAUUUCCCGAGCGAUUUCUACUGCAAUAGAAGGAGUUCACCGGGCCCGGGCCCACUUGACUAUCAUCCCGUGAAAACGUGUCAUUACUUCAGCAAGGGCUUCUGCAAGCACGGCAGCGAUUGUAGGUACUUCCACGGGGAAUCUUUUCCAGACGGAUGCUAUUUGUUCGGCCCAAACCACAAGUAUGACGUGGCGCCAGCUGGCGACGAGCACGUUUUCUCGCCGGGUUCCCUCGAGAAGCUCGAGCUGGAAAUAACGGAGCUUCUGAAGUCGAGAAGAGGCCACCCUGUGUCGAUUGCGUCCCUUCCGAUGAUGUAUUAUGAGAAAUACGGAAGGACUCUGCAGGCUGAAGGGUAUUUGACCGAGAGUCAAAGGCACGGAAAAGCUGGGUAUAGCUUGACGAAACUUCUUGCGAGGCUGAAAAGCAGCAUACGGUUAAUUGACAGGCCACAUGGGCAGCAUGCGGUGAUACUUGCAGAGGAUGCUCCGAAAUAUAUGGAUAUCCAGGGAGAGAGGAAUGACCCGGGCCCGAUUGUUAGCGGUUCGCGGCAGAUUUAUCUGACUUUUCCGGCCGAGAGCACGUUUACUGAGGAAGAUGUUUCCAAUUACUUCAAUACUUUUGGAGGAGUGCAGGAUGUUAGGAUUCCAUGCCAGCAGAAGCGAAUGUUUGGUUUUGUGACUUUUUUGAGUGCAGAGACGGUGAGGCUAAUUUUGUCCAAGGGGAAUCCACAUUACGUGUGUGGUGCUCGUGUUCUGGUGAAACCAUAUAGAGAAAAGUCGAAGCUUGUUGAAAAAAAAUACCUGGAAAAAUUUGACCAUGCUGUUUAUUACCACCCACACCCUGCGGAUAUUGACCAACAACAUCAAACGAGCUGGGAAUCAUCUAGAAUGUUCCGGAGGCAGCUAAUGGAAGAACAUGAACACGCCAUGGAAUUGGAGACAAUGCGCCUCUCACAACUCCAGUUAGGCUGCAAAUCUUUCCCCAUCCAGAAUUGUUUGGGUUUUUCCAUGGAUGAGCUCAAAGUACCUCAAGAGCGGUUCAUUUCAUUGCUUGAUGCCUUGAACAGUGGGUCUACUAAUGAUGACAACACCAAGCUUCCAUCUAACAAUUGUGGUGACCAGGAGAGCUCACAAGGACUUAAUCUACCGGAAAGUCCCUUUGCAUCUGCAGUGGCUAGCAGUGUUUCAGCAGUUAUAUAAUCAGGAGGACAAUACAGAUAAAACAUUAUAGAGUUUAUUUAGGAAAAAAAGUUUACAUGAUUCCUUUAGUCAACAGAAAUAUGCAUCUUUUUUUUUUUAGUCAUUUCAUUCUCUACCUAGUUGCUGCAUAAUCAAAAAUCCGCUGUAAGUUAACACAAAAUGCUUAGAAGAAUUCUCCCCACUACUUGGGUCAAAUNGAAAGUAGGUGUCUAGCCUCUAGUCGUCUGAAGAAAAGAAAAAUGUAAUUU